CUUCCCAUUCAAAAUCGCACACCUCAGCGCGCCGCGUGUCGCUCUUGGUCCCCCCGGAAUCAACAAAAAAUAACCAACCCCAGAAAUUAACCCAACCCCACGGACCAAAAUCCAAUAUCAAACCCACAAUAAAAAAUAAUAAAAACGCGGUGUUGAACAAAAUUCCUGAUUUAAUAAGUUCGCAAGUUAAGAACCCCACCACACACACCACACACAACACACACAAAAUCAAGUAACCACAACCCCAAAAAAAUUUUUUUGCUGUGCGAAGCGAUAGAAAGAAGAGUGCCAAAAAGAGAGAGGAUUACCAAAAUUGAUCAAUAAAAGAGGAGCUAAAGAAACCAAUGCAAAUAUGUGUCACAAUUCAGGGAUCGUGGAGAAAAACAACGAGCAGCAGAUCGAACGCUACAUGGCCUGUGGAAUGCCAUCGAAGGCGGUUAGGAGUGUCAAGUACACGCUGAAGAAGCGCGAAAAGAAGGAGCUGCAGCAGCUGCAACAGCAGCAGCAGCAGAAGAAGGACUUGCUGGAGCACAAGGAGCAGCAGUUUCUCGAGAAUCUCGAGCUGAGCAGCAGUAGUAGCUGUGAAUCCUCAACCGCCAGCGGCAGUGACAGCGAGGAUAGCGGUGUUACCGAAACCCUGAAAUCCCCACCACCACAACCACGAUCAUCGCCAUCGCCAGUCGAUACGGCUACGGCCACUCCAAAGGUCAGCAAACGCAGUGACCUCCUGAGGUUCUGCCCACGCUUUCGCAAACUGCAGCAGGAGCAGCAACAGCAAAUGCUCAAGGAGAUGGAACUGCAGGAGCAGGAGCAAGAGCAAAACCUGGAGCAGGAGAAGGAGGAGGUGGUGGGACCACUGGCCAACACUUUGAAGGCACAACAACAGCGCAAGCUGAGCUCCAUGGAGCCGUCGAUGGACGACGCCCUGGCCAUCGGCACCCAGAUGACGCGACAGGUGUCCGAGCGAAUCACCUGUCUGGUGGCCCAGCUGCAGGCCAGUCGCUUAUACACAAUUCUGACGCGUACAACACAGCCAGCACACUUGAUAGCCGUUUGCAUAUUGGCCUUUGUGCUGAUGACUGUGGGACGCGACCUCAUCGACCCAACGACAUCAGUAGAUGCAGCAGCAGCAGCAGCAACAGAAAGCGCAGCAACAUCUGCAACAGCAACAUCAACGAGAACAGCAACGGGCGGCGUUUUGGCAGCUCUGGUUUUCCUGGGCGCCUUUGCCACCCAUUUUGGGUCGCAGAUCUGGAUGACAUUUGUCUCGGGUCUCUCGCUGUAUUUCUCCCUGCCCCGCCACGUUUUCGGGCAGUGCCAGCAGAUCCUGUUCCCGCGCUACUUCGCCCUCAAUGCCAUGCUCAGUCUGACGAUGCUGGUGGUGUAUGCCAAGUAUUUCCUCACCGGCUGGACGACAGCGGCGGGCAUUCAGAUGGGAUCACUGGCCCUGGCGGCGGGAAUCGAGGUGGUGGUGCGUCUAUAUCUGGUGCCACCGAUGCUGCAACUGAUGCACGAGAAGUACAGGAUCGAGGAUGCGAUCGGCAGUGGCCAGGAGGUGGGCAGCCUUGUCCAGGGCGAUCUCGUCGACUGUCCGCACUAUCAGCGCAUCCACAAGGGAUUCCGGCGCAUCCACAUGACCAUCGCCAUUGGCAACAUGACGGUCAUGCUGACCACCUGCCUGCAGCUGUAUUUUCUGGCAUCGAAAAUACGCCUCAGCUAAGGCAUAUCCGGAGUGAAGAAUUUAUAGAUUUAGGCUCAACAUCAUUACCAUAAAAACACACACGCACACACACCCACACACUGUAUUUCAAUGUUCGAUAAAUUGUCUCAAAUUUAUAUUGCUUAUUGAACCAUUGAUCUAACGAGCUGGUUGUAAACGGUGAAGCGGUAGCCCCUGCAUCCGUUCACAUCAGACUUUUGAAUGCCCUUCCUCCGCCCCCACAACACACACAUACACACACACACACCUGCACAAAAAAAUAUUUAAUUUCUCCCGAGGACGCCUCCUUUUCUGCGUCCUUGCAAUCUGAUUUCCUGUGAUAAGCUCAGCCCAACUCCCACUCCCCACACACCCACCACUCGCGAACCAUAGCACAUUUAGCCCAUAGUCGAUAGCCAAUAAAUUACACAGAAUUAUUAAAUAAUAGCCUAUUGAUAAUUAAUUAUACUAUUUUUUUCGAGCGACAGCACGCAAAUUCAUUAAUUUUCUUCUGUUAUUUGUUAAUCCAUUGGAAACUAUGUUUUUCUCUGUUUUAAGUGCGGAAGUUUUAGUGAAUAUAAUUUAUAUAAAAACAAACAACAACAACAAAAAAAAAACAAAUGAAAGCAAAACAAAAAACAAAAAAAAU